AUGUCUUACCCUUCAUUUCUACUUCGAAUGUUUAGGAAUAUUGCAAUAAAUGAUCAAGCUGGAGAUAUAAUGAUAAGAGAACAAACUAGCACAUUGUGCUUGGCUAACAAUGAUCAAUAUGGUCAAGUCUUAUUCUACGGAACAGAUUUUUUCGCAGUGACCCGAUUGAUUAGUAUCAUUGUUGUACAACGAGAUUUAUUCCGUCAAGUUUUUUUUGUGUUGGAGGUUGUAGGUUAUGGAUAUUUAAUGAAAUAUAGGAUUCGAAUGAUUUGUAGACGUUUUCAUGUUUUGUUGUUAGAGGAAUUAUUUUCAGGAUACAACUGCUCAACAAAUAGCAGUAUGGCAAAGUCUAAGAAUCACACAAAUCAUAAUCAGAAUAGAAAAGAUCACAGAAAUGGUAUCAAGAAGCCGAAAAAACAUCGUUUCAUGUCCAUGAAGGGAGUUGAUCAAAAAUUUCUGCGGAAUCUUCGAUUCGCCAAGAAGCAUAACAAGCGACGUCAGCAGCAGAAGAAGGAAUCUGAAGCUUAA